AUGCCUCCAGUUCCGCUCCACGUCGGCGUGGUAGGGGCCGGUAUGGGCGGGCUCGCUGCCGCGAUUGCGCUUGUUCGAGGAGGAGUUAAGGUAACGAUUCUCGAGGCUGCCACCGAACUAGGAGAGAUUGGUGCCGGCAUUCAGAUUUUCUCCAACGUGUCGAAAUAUCUCCUGCGUUGGGACGUCGACAAGAUCAUUGGAGAGAACCUGGUGACAGUGGAUGAAGUGCGCACCUGGAGUGUUAGCGGACAAGUGGUGACCAGAGUCGAUCCGAAACAGGUUAAGAAACUCACGGGCUUCCCGCACCUGAUUGCGCGUCGAGACCAUCUUCACGCCGGGUUGACCGAGUCUGCUCGUCGACAUGGGGUCGAGAUCGUCGUCGGAGCUCGUGUGCAGAAACUCGAGUACUCAGCGCACUCUGCCACGGUCACCACGGCAAAAGGAAUCUCCUACACUUUCGAUCUGGUCGUCGGCAGCGACGGCAUCAAAUCGACAAUUCGCCAACAUCUCUUUCCUGAAGUCAUGCCAAAGGCCCCGUCCAAAGUGGCUGCUUACCGAGGAGUGCUUUCAUAUGACGAGAUACGAGAAAGGGCCCCUGAAGGCGCGUCUGUACUGACGAAUACGAUGGACAUGUGGACCGGUCCAAAUGGAUAUAUCAUGACUUACCCGCUAUCCGGGGGCAAGGAACUGAACGUGGUCACCUCGUUCUGCAAAGACUACUAUGUCGAGAAAAUGGAGGAGGUCGAUAUCGACGAGUUCCGCGGCUACUAUAAGGACUACAGCCCGGCCAUCCAAUCCAUCAUCAAAUUGGUCAAUUACACGCAACGUUGGCCGCUUUUGGUGAUGCCGCCCAUGGAUCGAUGGUCAAAUGAAUUCAGAAACGUCGUUUUACUGGGCGACGCCUGUCAUUGCAUGCAAAACCACAUGGGCCAGGGCGCGGCAACGGCGAUUGAGGAUGGCGUCUUCCUAGGCCGUGUCAUGAGCGAAGUCGUCCGCGGCACCGUCACUGUCGCCGAAGCCGUCGCCCUCUACGAGCAGAAACGGAUUCCUCGUGCCUGGACGAAGCAGCAAUUCUCGCUCAUUUCGGGCGAAUUAAACAUGUGCGCCGACCCAGCAGAUCUUGCGAGGCGGGAUCACUCGUCCCUGCCCGAAGUGAUGCCUCCUAAGGACGGCAACAAGUCCAAGUGUCCAACUUUCCCGCCCUCGUAUCGCUCUUGGCAGAUGUUCGAUUCUCCCGAAACCGUGCCCGGGAUAUUUUAUUACGAUGCCGAAUGUGAUGCGGAUAACGCUGUGUGUGAGUUUUUGCAGUCCAGGGAUCGGGAGAACGGGGACAUCGAUGAUUUGACCAUGGUGAGUAAGGCGCUGGGUCGGAAGUGCUGGGCUGCUAUCGACUUUAAUGGCAUUGAUUGA